AAAAUUAUCCGGAAAACCCGACUUGAAAGUCCUUUCUGUAUCCUGUUUGGACUCCAAGAAAGGUCGGGAAAGGGGCGUGAGACAGAGAGGGAUCAGCAAGAUGGCGGUGGGAGGUUUCGCCGUUGAUGGACCCGUCAGCAACUUCAACAGCAGGAUCACGGCGUCGGUGGUGAUCACCUGCAUCGUGGCUGCAUCAAGCGGCCUCAUCUUCGGGUACGAUAUAGGAAUUUCAGGGGGUGUAACGACGAUGGUGCCAUUUCUGAAGAAAUUUUUCCCGUCAAUAUUGCGAAAGGCGGCAGAGGCUAAGACAAAUGUCUAUUGUGUUUAUGAUAGCGAGGUUCUGACGGCGUUCACAUCCUCCCUCUACAUCGCUGGCUUAGCUGCUUCGCUUGUUGCCAGUCGCCUAACUGCAGUAUUGGGCCGCAGAAACACCAUGGUACUCGGUGGCUGCACCUUCUUCACCGGAGCUGCCAUCAAUGGUGGAGCUGAGAAUAUAGCCAUGCUCAUCAUCGGUCGUAUCUUGCUUGGAUUUGGGGUUGGUUUCACCAAUCAGGCAGCUCCGGUGUAUCUCUCAGAAGUGGCACCACCGAAAUGGCGAGGCGCCUUCAACACAGGCUUCCAAUUCUUCAUAGGCGUAGGGGUGGUCGCCUCCAACUGCAUAAACUACGCCACUGCAAAACACAGCUGGGGAUGGCGCGUCUCCCUUGGCCUCGCUGUAGUACCCGCGGCAAUCAUGACAAUAGGCGCACUCCUCAUUUCAGACACACCUAGCAGCCUGGUUGAACGCGGCAAACUUGAUCAAGCCCGAAAAUCUCUCCUCAACGUCCGAGGGAAAGACGCCAAUGUAGAAGCCGAGAUAACGGAACUAGUCAAGGCCAGUGUGGUGGCUAAAGCGGCCAACCAGGAGCCAUUUGUGACAAUAUUUGAGAGGCAAUAUAGACCUCAUUUGGUCAUGUCAAUUGCCAUACCAUUUUUCCAACAGGUCACGGGGAUUAACAUCAUCGCAUUCUAUGCCCCGGUUCUGUUCCAGUCGGUCGGGUUUGGCAGCGACUCGGCUUUAAUUGCAUCGAUCAUACUAGGGCUCGUUAACCUUGGUUCGAUACUCGUGUCAACUGGUGUGGUUGACCGGUUUGGUCGACGAUUUCUGUUCUUGAUAGGUGGGAUUCAGAUGUUCCUUUGUCAGGUUGCGGUAGCUAUUGUGCUAGCAACAACAACAGGUGUUUCGGGAACGAAGCCCAUCUCCAAGGGCUAUGCCAUUCUGGUUCUGGUCCUGAUGUGUAUUUAUGCAGCUGGUUUCGGUUGGUCAUGGGGCCCACUAAGUUGGCUCAUUCCUAGCGAAAUCUUCCCCAUGAAAAUCCGGCCCACGGGCCAGAGCAUCAGCGUGGCUGUGAAUUUUGCAGUCACCUUCGUUUUGUCCCAAACCUUCUUGACCAUGCUCUGCCACUUCAAAUUUGGCACUUUCUUGUUCUAUGCCGGCUGGAUCGCUGUGAUGACCAUUUUCGUCGCUCUGUUCUUGCCGGAGACAAAAGGGAUCCCCCUCGACUCCAUGUAUACGGUGUGGGAGAAGCACUGGUAUUGGCGCCGCUUUGUUAAGGUCCAGUUCUAGCCUUAACGUGACAUAUAUGAUUUAAGUGUAAUUUCUAGGAGCUGUGAAAUAUUUGAUUGAUAUUCAAAUUACCAUGUUUAUCUUUAUUAUUUCUUUGAUUAUGUUUUUUAUGGUUCUAAAAUGUGUGUAAAUUAAAGAAUUUAUGAAGAU